UAAAGCAGUUUGUCAGAAGAAUAGAAAGCAGAGUUUCUGUUUGGACUGAAGCUUUGAGUGUCACCUGAAGGUCUUAACAAGUUGUUACUUGCAAUUGUCGACUCACUGGUGGAAAGGUCCAGCGCGACCUGUGAGCCAAAGUCCAGCUUCUAGUCUGAUUAGCUUUCCACGCCACAGAAGAUGAGACGGUCAAGGUUAAGCUCCAAUUUACUGUUGGUCAAUGCAAGACAGUGUUUGCAUGCUUCGAGGGAUUAAAGUCAAAGUUUAAGGAAAGUAACACAACGCAUGGGUGGUUAUUCAGCGUGAGUCUCACAGAAAGAAAAUAAGCAUUUCUCCUGUCUGCUCUUGGAGAACUUUGUAAAUUAAAUAAAAACUGGGAGACAUUAAAACAAUGGAUGGAAUAUGUUCAUAAAAACUGUUAUUUACUCAGACAAAAAUAUAGUUUUAUCAUCACACUAUAAUAAUUGAAUUGAAUAGUCUGAUAAAAUUUCUUAUAUUGAUGAAUAAAUUCAACAAACAAUUUCUGUUUCAGUUACAGUCCAUAUUAAGGUUGAACUUUUGACAUUUUUUUAUGAGUCAUAAUAUACAUUUUGUUCCUUGCAAAGACGCUCCUCCAAGACAUUUAUUAACUUUAGUUCCCAUUCAUCCAGGUCAUUACUGUUUUAUGAUUUGAAUCCAAAAGGCGUCUUGCUUCUGAACAUAUCCCAACUGAAGUCAAUUCAAUCCUGGCGUUUGAAUUAUUUUUGUCAGCGUGUCAACACUAUCAUUGACACAGUUCCAGGAGGUGUUUUUCUGUGACAAUAUCUCCGACCUACCCAGAAGUGAACGACAUGAAAGCAUCUGCUUAAAUGUCUGCAUAUCCUGAAUGAGAACGAUGAAUCUGGUUUUGAGUCAGCAGCAGCACCAACAUGUGGGACGGGCCUCCUACCACGUCCCUAAUCGCUCGCUCCGUCCUGCUCUCCUUUAUUGUCCAAUUCAUUUUCUGGCCACUUCACUGUGACAGCUGAGAGUUAUAGUGGUACGAGAACCAUACAAAGAGGCGCCAUAUCCCGGCUCAUAUAUUAUCUAUACAUCCUUCGCGCUUGUUCAGAUAGUAUGUACACACUUUGUGUGUGUGUGUGUGUGUGUGUGUGUGUGUGUGUAUCACUGUGAUUGAAGCAAGUGGGCGGCAAAAGCAACUGGCCUGCCUGUGUGGCUGUGCAUAGCAGACAUGUUUCUCACUGCUAGAUAUUACUCAUUUCCUCAGCUCUUUGCACACACACACAUUCUCACACACACUCAGACAAAGAAGGAUAGCAGGCUUUCAGUUCUUUCCCACAGUUUGGUGGGCUUGCUGCUAUUAUUUUUUUGCAUACAGAUCAGACACAUGGUGUAGCUGUUGUGGGAGUAGAAACUGGUGAGAAGCAGUUAGGAGUAGAGGAGUGGGCCGGCCGACUGGGAGGACUGGAUUAUGAAUGACCACCAUCACUGUGGCUCAGCCGGGACGAAAGGUCAGAGGAGCUUCAGUGCGAAAGAAUCAACAGUGAUCCGACAGUGAUGCCGUGUAGCAACCCCGCUCUCUGUCUGUGCCACCCAUUUUCCCGUGAGGCCCAUGUGACCUAGCCAAUACCCAAUCACAGGGGGCCCCCCAGUGCUGCUGGAGCCCACCCAUGAAUCCCAGCCCCGACCGCAACAAAGAGUGCCUCCCUCCAAAGAAAAGGGAGUCUCGGCAAGGCUCAUCUGACCUCCCUCUGCAUGAAUUCAAACCACCUGUGCCUCUCCGGAGUAGGUCCAAUGCAGGGAGAGGGGAGGGAGGAACAGACCUCAGCGACAAGCAUCGAGCCUUGUCAACCCCAAAUACACAUCUUUUACACACUCCCCCUCCUCUACCUGCUCCGGCACCCCUGCCCGCACCCACACCUUUGCCAUGGCACCUGAACUAUAACUCUUCUGUCUCACUCCCCAUUUUUCAAGGGCAUCCAGGGGAGCGGAGAGGGCCCGGGUCCCCUGCGUGGCGGGAUGAUACUUUUCCCUCACCACUGUCCCUCACUUCGAGGUGGCUCAGAGGAGAGGGCCCCCUCUCUUUUCCAUCUCCAUCAUCCUCCAGCACCUCAUUUAAGACUCCAUUUCCAGCAGAUUCUCGAGACAUGUGGUCGUACAUCAGCAGUGGUCGACGUGACUACACUCCCUCACACUUUUCUCCUUCAUACUUUUUGGGUCAUACCUCUCUUUACUCACAAGACCCAGGACUGGUUGAAUCUGGGCACAGGUACUUGGGCAAAAGACCUAAUGGACUGGAUGGUCCAGGCAGCAGGACUGCCUCAUCUACCAGGUCCUUAGUCCCAGACAAAUAUGGAAGCGAUAGCAUUAGAACCAGGUUGGACUCAAGCCCUCACAGUAAUGGGGCAAGGAGACAUCAGGAAGAUCUGACACCUCGUGUCCCGUCAGGAGGAACAUUUCUGUCAGAUUCUCAAGCUCAGGAGGCCCCGCAGACACAUUCCUCACAGCAGAACAGACAUCAUGGAUUACUCAAAAUGUGCUCCAGUCAGCUCCCCUCUGUUUUGCCCCCCACCGGAACAGAUGCAAGGGUAAGCUCAGGGGACCUGUUGGACCCUACGGGUACGCCAUCAGCUGAAGCCCACAUUUACUACUCUUUGGGAUCUGUAGAACCCCCAAAUCCCCGGAUCCACGCUUAUCCACCCUACUGUCCCUCAGGAACAUCUCCAUACAAUGUUCAAAUGGAGUCAGGUCCAAGGCUUCAGAGGAACUCGCCGCAGUCCCCUUUGAGUCAGCGGAAUAGUCAAAGCAGGUCACAAAGGGAAAGAGACCAACGACAAGACAUUGUUCUUCAAAGGGAAAGAGAACGAGGGAAAGAGAGGAAUCUAAAACAGUACAAAGACCACAGCUCACCACCUGCGCUCGACCUAUCUCCACCUGCGCUCCUACCGAACUUCACCAAGGGUUCUCUUAUCGAAUUAGCCAGCGGGCGGUUAAAGCGUGUCGAGGAGCUGAAGACGGAGGACUUCCUGAGAAGUGCCGACACAUCUCCGGAGUUCCACCUUAGCACCUGCACAGUGCUGCUUAUUUCCGCCAGCAGCGCUCAGGGUUUCAGCCACCUUCAAGUUCACCUCACAGACCGCAACACUCAGGAGUUACUCAAAGUGUUGGUGGAGUACCCGUUCUUUGUGCAACACAAAGGCUGGUCGUCCUGCUCACCUCAGAGAACCUCACAGUUGUACGGCCUUCCCUGCCGACAGCUCGCCGAGGGGGACGUCUGCCUCGUCCUCACUCCGACUCCCAAUCCUAGUCAUCGGACACACGCCCGCAGUGGCUCCAGGGCCCACCGCACGCAACCAAGGACUGCAGCGGAGUCCAGUCGGGCGGAGAUGCCCCCGCCUCCUCCUCCCCCACCCCUUCCCGCAAACCCACCUGCAACUGUGCCGACAACGGCAGCGGAUCCUCAGGAGAUAUUGUCCCGACCUCGCAAACGCCGCUGGUCCGCUCCGGACUCUCUGCCACCAACCCAUGAAAGCCUCCUGGAUUUACCUCAUGGCUCCAAGCUGAUGAAGUGGCAGUAGACUCUUGCACAUUUACACACACAUAAAGCACACACACACACACCCUCCUUGUCUCUGUUGCACAUGUCAAGACAAACAAUGGAGAGAGCUCAAGGCAGGGUUGCAGGGAGGGAAUAAAAUGAACAUGCAAUCAUGGGUGCCCACACUGUUGCCCAAAAGUUGUCCAACUACCCUCCUUCCCACCUCCCAAAUUUCCUCCCCUCAACUGGAGCAGCAGCUGAAGAUAUCAGUAAGACAAUCAAGCACUUGUCUGUGUUCACUGUUUUUGUAAUGAUUGUCUCACUCUUCGACUUACUGACAGUGUUUUCUGCAGGGUAUUGACUUCAAUCAGUAAUAUCAACACUAUUGAAACAGUGCAGAUAAAUAUCUAUAUAUAUAUGUAUGAGAACAAAGAUUGACUAUAUAUAGUACCUGUGUACAGUAAAUAUGCUAAAAAGAUUUCAUGCAACUUUUGCAAUACAUUUUGUUUUUUGCUUCUGAGCCAAUGUCUACAUGUCGGCCUGGGCAGGCAAGCUGAAUGUGUACAAGCAAAUCUUUGCCUUCUUUAAAGUUCGUGACACUGGGAGUCAACCUGGGCAAGGUAUUACCCUCCAAUGUGUUCUUAACAUGAUCUCUGAGAAUGGGAAAACACUAGCAGACUCGAUGACACGCACAGUGAUUUUUCCAUCUAUAAAGGAAGAGCUAUUCUGCUAAUAACAUGUUGGAACAUGAUGCUUUGUGUAUAUACUUGACUCCUGUGUUGACUGUACGCUUAUCUUCCCAUUUAAUUUUUUUUUUUACGUACUGUAACUGUCCGAUCGCAGGGAAAAUGAUGAAAGUAUUUUAAACUCAGAUACGGGUAUCUCCUCUGAUUCAGCACACUCUUUCACUUUAGUUUUUUUUUUCUUUUUAUUUUCAAAAAGAAAACCAUUGUUCAUUUUUUUUUCCUCUUAAAUGUGGUAGCUACGAAAAAAAAUAAUGUAUAUUUUUAAAAAUUGUGAAUGUUACACGAUGUUCGCUAGAAAUAAAUGAAAAAAGCUUUAUAGAUUAAAUGUGUUGGUUUAUUAAGUAUAUGUAAAUAAUACACAAAACUAAUUACAUUAAAGCGUACAAAGAUGAA